CGAGAUAAACAUUGGAAUGAAAGGUGCCUUUUUUUUUACAUUUGAUCAGUUUUAUGUUUGUUUGUUUAAUUGAAUGGUUGGCCUAGAGGACCAAUAUUCUUCGAAGGGAGGGCGAUAGGAAGGCAUGAUGCUGAUUUUGCAAACAACUGAGGCCGACUCGUUUGUUAUACGAGUUUUUUUCCGAAUGGUAUUUUCUUAGAAAAAUAUGAUCUAUAAAAAAUUUUUUCGGUUAGUUAAAAGUAAUCCCGAAGUGUUCUUUGGACUAAGCAACUUUCGACAUAUUAUUUGAUUACAUCGAUAUGGAAUCCGAUAUAAUUAACAACUCAUUAUUAUAUACUUACUGAUUGUGUGGGAGAGCCGAAGGAGAAAGUAUUUAGCCAUAGUUAAUCGAGGAGAAUGGUUAUGAGUACCGGCGAACUUCAAAGGGAUAGGUUAUUGUUUUGGUUUUUCGAGUUCAACCUCGCGUGACCGUGCAUCACCUAGAUUCAAGAUGGCGUCUCGCCUGUGAGCGUUUGUAUUGCUGACUGCACGUUUUACGUUUAUAAUAUUACUAUUCCUUCUUAAACACUGCUUGUAUAUAUCUAUAAAUGAAGAAGGAAUGCCCGGAGAUAACUGCUCUGUUUUUGGUUGCGGUACGUCCCGCAAAACUAAAGGAAUCGGCAUCUGGAAACUUCCUGCCCCUCGCAAUGCCGAAUACAAGAAAUGGUGAGAACUUUGGAUCAACGAAUUGACCAAAACACGCGUUGUAGAUAAAGAUUUCAAGCGCCAGAUCGACAAUGAUCGUGUCUUUACAUGCGAAAAGCAUUUUAGGCCCGAGGAUAUUGAGAUUUGUAAGUAUUAAAUGCAAUCUUAUAAUAUUAACUACACGCGAUCCCAGACAUAAUCUGCGCGGUGCUUAUAUGCAUAGCUUAUCGAUUAACUUGAGCUUUAAUAAACUUCAAACCUUAUAUUCUAAUUCUGUUUGUUUGUGAUUGUUUCUACUCUAGUUCAAUCAGAAAAGAUGCGGAAAAAGAAACCAAAGUUUGGUGCCUUGCCAAAAAUAAACAUGCCGAAGCGUAGCUUCGCAAAACCAGUAAAUGUGCGUCCACCUCGAAGCGCAGUCAACGAAAUCCCAGAAGUGGCCCCUAAAAAAUGCUACAGUGACUUUAAAGAUCUAGUAAAACGAAUGAAAUCUUUGAAAAGUCUAAGUGAGUGGAUCUUAGAGGCAGCAAUCGAUCGAAUUGUAUUGACAAAGAAGAGUUCUCUGCUUGUGUUACCAAAGAUUCAGCUCACCAUCGAUGAUAGUCUUGGUUUUUCUGUGUCUGUGUUUGGAUGGUUUCUGCCAGAUGAUCAUGCGAUUCAUCUUGAAACCUUGCGAUCCGUUAUGAACAUCACAGUCUCUGAACUUAUCAAGAGAAUUGAUGUUCUCUUGAUUUGCCUUGAGUGAGACCAUUUGAACUGUCAUCCAAUAUCGUACACCACAUUAUACCGAAGUCAGUGGAUCCAUUAUUCAGAGAUGAUUCUGAGAUAUUCCCACAGCCGGAAUAUUGGAGAACACAGGACUGUGAAGUUUUGUUGGAACAUGGUGAGCAGUGCUGUAUUUGCUACAAAUACUCUCACAAGUCGGAGGUGGAUCAGAAAGCAAAGCAAAGAAAGCUUGCACAGCCUGCUCAUUUGUUUGCUCCAUUCUCUCACACAACACCAGAGAGAAUAAAGCUAACCCUAAAAACACAGAGGAUUAAGUGAGCAGAACUAGAACGAAAGAUUGAAGAAAUGAAAUCAGAGAUAGAAAAGUCGAGUGUAGAAGUGGACAACCAGUUAAGCUAUGACAUUACUACUAUAUUGGGGACAUCCAAUGAAAAUAUCACUCCAUUCAUGGAUCUGUUCUGGCAGCAAAAGAAAUUGAUGAUGAAGAGUAAAACUGGUGUCCAAUACCAUCCUAUGAUCAUUUGAUACUGCUUGUCACUUGCUACCAAGUCCCCAGCAUGCUAUGAAGAGCUCAGGAAAAGUAACAUCCUUGUACUGCCGAGCCAACGCACAUUGAAGGACUAUAGAAAUUGUAUACGACCCAAAGCUGGCAUUCAAGAGGAAGUACUUGAGGAGUUGAAUGUUAUUACAAACAGCUACUUCGAUAUGCAACGAUACAUUUUGCUCCUUUUUGACGAAAUGAAAAUUUUGUCAAAUCUGGUAUUUGACAAAGUAUCUGGGGAACUAAAUGGUUUCCUUGACCUGGGAGAUCCUGAUAUUAACUUUGGAAUACUUGAAAAAGCUGACAAGAUUGCAAGCCAUGCUAUGGUCUUUUAUAUCAGAGGUCUCUGUACUGAGUUGAAGUUCAGCUUAGCCUAUUUUGCCACCGAUGGGAUUACAUCUUAUCAGCUUAUGCCAUUGUUUUGGCAAGCAGUAGGUGUGCUUGAGUUAACUUGUAAUCUUUGGGUGAUUGCAAGUACAUCAGAUCGAGUGUCACCCAACCAAGCAUUUUACAGAAUGCACAAACCUCUUGAUGGUAAUGCUGGAACUGAAGUGUGCUAUCGCACUGUGAACCUCUAUGCACCCAACAGGUACAUGUGGAAUGAUGGCCACUGUAUCCUCUGGCAGCAUUUUAUCCAGUUGUUUCAUCAAGACCUUGACAAUGGCCCAAAGCUGCUUCCCCGGUUAACUUAUGACCAUAUUAAGCUCAGUGCUUACUCUACAAUGAGAGUCAACCUUGCUGUCCAGAUCCUCAGUGUUUCAGUGGCAAAUGUUCUAAAGUCAUUUGGUCCUCCUGACACCAUCGCCACAUCUAAAUUUGUAUACCAUAUUAAGCUCAGUGCUUACUCUACAAUGAGAGUCAACCUUGCCACUCUAAAUUUGUUCAAGAAGAACAUAAGAAAAGUCAACCUUUCAACUCUCGUUGAAAUUUAAAACUUAACUAAAUAACUUUAUA